AUGUCAAAAUUGCUGGCAUUUGGAAUUGGCUUGAUGACCUGUGACAACUUGAGAAAUAAAUUUGAAGGAUAUUUUGAAGUUGACGCGUGCCAUAGCAAUAUAACCAAACGAUGUUCACCAAAUCUUUGGAACCCAAAUAACUUGUGUAAUGGCAGUUAUUAUUCUUGUGGGCAUAAAACAAGUGUUAUGAAUGCAUUCUGUUCUUUGUAUGCAUCUCAGGCUGUAAAACAGUAUUUGAAUGUUACAUAUACAAUAGCAGAUGGAUCAGUUGUGAAUGUGAUUACUGUUGCGGAUUUUGGCACGAAUAUUAAUGGAGAAAAUUCUGAUCGAACGAAUAUGAUUUUUGGAAAAACAUAUAUUAAAUGUUAUUAUAAUUUUGAGACUGGAAAAAGUCCCAUUCGUUUUUGGAAACUUCCGAUAAUAAUAGAUGUUUUUAAACUUG